AUGGCUCGUCGUCCCGCCCGUUGCUACCGGUACUGCAAGAACAAGCCGUACCCCAAGUCUCGGUUCAACCGUGGUGUCCCCGACCCCAAGAUCCGCAUCUUUGAUCUGGGCCGAAAGAAGGCGAACGUCGAUGACUUCCCUCUCUGCAUCCACCUCGUCUCCAACGAGUAUGAGCAGCUGAGCUCCGAGGCCCUCGAGGCUGCCCGUAUUUGCGCCAACAAGUACUUCGUCAAGAACGGUGGUAAGGAGGGUUUCCACCUGCGCGUCCGCGCCCACCCCUUCCACGUCGUUCGUAUCAACAAGAUGUUGUCUUGCGCCGGUGCCGAUAGACUGCAGACCGGUAUGCGUGGUGCCUGGGGCAAGCCCAACGGCUCUGUCGCUCGUGUCAACAUUGGCCAGAUCCUCAUGAGCGUCCGCACUCGUGACAACAACCGCGCUGUCGCUCUCGAGGCUCUCCGACGAUCCCAGUACAAGUUCCCUGGUCGCCAAAAGAUCAUUGUCUCCAAGAACUGGGGCUUCACCCCUCUCCGCCGCGAGGAGUACCUCGACAAGAAGGCUGCUGGUCGCGUCAAGGUCGACGGUGCUUACGUCCAGUUCCUUGCCAACCACGGCAACCUGGAGAAGAACGUUCGCCGCUUCCCCGACGCUUUCAAGACUGAGGCUUAG